ACACAUCACACAGUGUGGGAAAACUGCAUUGUCAUUUCAUAGAAUAGUCAUCCAAGAUGCUCCUUAUUAUUCUCCUUGUGACCACAUUGACUCUCUCUGCUGAUGCUGCAGAGAGACCCAUCCUGCUCCAGUCUCCAGAAGUGCACAGUGUGAUGGAAGGCGACUCUGUCAGAUUUCAGUGUAAACUGGAGAAUGCUAAUGUCAGCAAACUCAUUGUUACUUGGUACAAGAAUAGAUCCAGCAAACAGGAGCUGAUAACAUACGAUGCACAGGGCCAUGUCUACCGUCACCCUGGAGUGACAGCACGUUUCCAACCUUCCAGGGAUAUCUCCAAUAACAGCUACAUCCUAACCAUCACAAAUGUGGAAGCUAGUGACAAUGCUGUCUAUGUCUGUAGUGUGCGGGGAUCGAGCUACGGGGCAGGAACCCAGCUGAACAUAACCGUCCCUGCAGUGGGAAUGAACAGAGAGCUGUGGAUAGUCUGGAUCAGCGUGGGAGCUGCCCUGGGAGCUACUCUCAUCGCUGGAGCUGCUCUUCUCUUCUGUAUCAGAUGCACUCGGUCUGGAAAACAGUCAUCUUCUUCACCUGUCUGUCCUGCUGAUAAUUUGCCAGCCCCAGAUAAUGAACCCGUCUCUUUCUCUGGAGACACACAGGUUCCCCAAAAGGCUAAGAAGUUGAUAAAAACCCAACCAGACACCUGUAAUUCACCAAAUGAUGGAAACAUAUUCAUUUCAAGCCAAAACCCGACAUACCACAGCAUAGAGGCAAAGUCUUACAGCAACAGCCAAAUGCAGGGGACUGAAACGGUUCCAGGAGAAUGCAGGAAUCACAGAGAACUGAAGAAACAGCAACGGAAAUUUGCAAAACACAAUCCCCAGGGUCAGUCGGCACCAAAGUCUCGCCGGAAAUCGACACUGAGGCGGUUCUUGGCCUUUGAGAAUCAAACACCAGGAAUGAGCAACCAGAUCACACUGACACCAACUGAUGAAGGAAUCUAUGCAAAUCGCAGUCAGAUUAGCCACACUCUCCACAAAAAGGUUCCCCAAAAGGCUAAGAAGUUGAAAAAAACCCAACCAGACACCUGUAAUUCACCAAAUGAUGGAAACACAUUCAUUUCAAGCCAAAACCCGACAUACCACCGCAUAGAGGCAAAGUCUUACAGCAACAGCCAAAUGCAGGGGACUGAAACGGUUCCAGGAGAAUGCAGGAAUCACAGAGAACUGAAGAAACAGCAACGGAAAAUUGCAAAACACAAUCCCCAGGGUCAGUUGGCACCAAAGUCUCGCCGGCAAUCGACACUGAGACGGUUCUUGGCCUUUGAGAAUCAAACACCAGGAAUGAGCAACCAGAGCACACUGACACCAACUGAUGAAGGAAUCUAUGCAAAUCGCAGUCAGAUUAGCCACACUCUCCACAAAAAGGAAUCCAGUGACCUACAAACAGACUCCAACUCAACAUAUGUGAAUUUGGAUCCACGACAUUAAGUCAGUGAACAAAAGGUACUUUGCUGUGGAACACUAUCUACUAAGAGUGAACCUUGAUCACUGAGUCAUGGAGUUUAAUGAUCUGCAGCCGGCGCUCUGAGAAAUUCACAGAACUUCUGUUUGCUUCAUGUGAGGGAGAAGGCUUAUGAAGAUUAUGUUGAUGAACCAACUUGGGAGUAGUUUUGAAAGGAACUUCCAGACCAGCAUGGACUGGUGGGGCUGAAUGGCCUGUUUCUGUGCCAUAUUUUCCUGCAAUAUGCAAUGUAACAUUCCCAUGUGACUUUCUCCUGAUUACAUUGCCUGAGCUCUGCAUAUUCACAAUCAAUCACACCUGAAGCUUCGAAUUCCAGGGCUUCUCAUAGUAAAUGGUUCCAAUUUACCAAACUAGGCAUUUAGUUAUUGAGACAAUAUGACUCUAAAGAGACAUACUCAUUUCAAUAGAACAGUUACUUGCUGAACAACUGGAGUGAAUUUGUUUAGAAUUCUGUUUGGAAACUGUGUUUCAUCCCUGGGACUCAUUUCCACUGAGGGCUGUAAAGGCCAACUCAUAGAUUGUCUUAAAGACAGAGAUUGACAGGUUCUUGAUUAGAAAGGGAAUCAACAGUUACAUGGAGAAGGCAGGAGAAUGGUGUUGAGAAACAUAUCAGCUAUGAUCAAAUUGUGGAACAGUCUCCAUUGGCCGAAUGGCCUAAUUCUGUUCGUUUAUCUUAUGGGAAUGUGGAACCCCCUCAAGUGACUAUCAGCAGAAGCCUCAUUGUUGAACAGAUAAAAAUAUACACAACAUACUCCCCCUCCUCACCUCAGCCAAUCAUUGUAUCAUUGUACCUAGUGAUGCAGCAUCAAAGGUGAAUCUUCCCCUCUCCUCUCAGGCUGACAUUUGUUGUCCAUCCCUCAUUCGCCUUGAACUGAGUAUCUCACAUGACCAUUUCAGAAGGUGGUUGAGAGGCAAACACAUUGUUGUGGGUCUGGAGUCACAUUUACAUCAGAUUAUCUCAGGACAGCUGGGUCUCUUCCCUGAAGCGCGCUCGUAAACCAGAUGGGAUAGCAGGAACUGCAGAUGCUGGAGCCAGAGACAACACAGUGUAGAGCAGAAGGGACACAGCAGGUCAGGGAGCAGCAGACAAGCUGGUAAGUUAAUGCUUG